CAGAACCCACGAAUUCCGGCCGAGCCGAGCCAACCAAUCCAUCCCAACCCAACGCAAUCGGCCUCCUGUCCUCCCCGCGUCCUAGCCGUCUCCAUCCCACCACCUCCCCCAACCCCCGUCCGGCCGCGCCGCGACCCAAGCCACCACGCCACUUCCCCGUCCCGUCUCGUUCUCGUCGCACCUCAACGCUCAACCUCGCAGAGAGGGCUCGCUCGAUCCGUGCGCGCCAUGGCCUCGGGCCAACAGUCCCUCCCGCUCCCGGUCCCCGUCCCGCCCAACCCUAACCCGACCGCGACCCCGACCGCACCAGCCGACCCGACCGCGUCCUCCUCCGCCGCGCGCAAGCUCCCCAUCAAGCGCCGCUCCCCGCGCCCGUCCUCCUCGCCCCCAUCGUCCUCCUCCCCCGCCUCCUCCGACCCCCUCCGCGCCGCCGCCGGCGGAUCCGACCAGCCGCCCUUCAAGUUCCAGCGCAUCUGGUCCGAGUCCGACGAGCUCCGCUUCCUGCAGGGCCUCCUCGGCUGCGGCGCGCAGGGCCUCGUCUUCCCGCGCGACCUCAACGUCUUCUACGACCGCUUCUCCGAGUCCAUGCCCCAGCCCUACACCCGCUCCCAGCUCUCCGAGAAGCUCCGCCGCCUCAAGAACAAGUUUCGCAGCAUGUCCUCCCGCGUCGCCAGGGGGCUCGACCCCGCGCGCCUCGCGCCUCACGACCGCGACGUGCUUCACCUCUGUUCCCGGCUCUGGGACCCGGUCAACGCCGCAACGUCGCCCUUCGCGGCCAACGCCGGCUCCUCUGGGAACAAGCGCCGCCGCGCCAACCCGCGCGGCACGCCGCUCCCGCUCCCGGACGCGUCGGGGGAUAGAAACUCCCAUGACUACAAUGGGAUUAGUUCCACCACUCCCGGCUUGUUUCCGGAUGGUUCCAAUGGCGAGGAUAUGUUCUACCUCGAGCAGGAAAGCGGGCACCUGGGCAACCACGAAGGUGCUACUCUUGUGACUGACGGCAACUUUGGUGGUAUUGCGCUGGAGCAGCCCCAGACUGUGGCUGCUCUUCCGAAUGGGAUUGAUGGAAUUGGCAAUGAGAUGAUGAAUGGGAACCACAAAAUGGUGGUGCCAUGCAGCAAUGAACAUGGUGUGGCGAAUGCUGUGCUGGAUGUGUUUGAGAAGUGUUUGAGGGAGGCAAAGGCUAACGGGAUUAUCAAUGGUGGCAAUGUGGAUGGGAGUGCUGAGCAAAGUGAGCUCGCAAAGAGGUGGAGGGUGCAUAGGAUGGAUGAGCUUGAUGUGUUGAGCCGGAGGCUCAGAUUGCUUGUUGAGGAUGCUGCAGUGGCUGGGCACUGAGGCAGAGAGGAUUGGUGGUUUUGGUGAUGUGCUUCCACCUUUUGGCCCAUUUGUAUAGAAGCUAGGUUAUUAUGCUAUGCUUUUGUAAUGUCUUACUCAGCUUGGCCCUUGCUUUAGUCUAUUAUAUUCUUGCCUGUGUACACCUCUACGGAUAUUAUCGUCUAGUUUAAUAAUUUCAGCAGCAUAAUAAUCUAUGGUUUCAGUAUUGUUGUUCA